CAAAACAUGCUAGCUCAAUCAUCUUUCAAAUUAAAGCUCAGUCACAAACUGAAAUCUCACAAUUCAAAAUCUAACAAACUUUUAUCUCAAUUUCUCUCUCUAGGGCAUUUCCAGCAAAGCUUUCGUUCCCGACAAUGGACGGUCAAGAUGAUUCUAAACAAAGCACUGCUGACAUGACUGCAUUUGUGCAAAAUCUUCUUCAGCAAAUGCAAUCAAGAUUUCACACAAUGUCAGAAUCUAUCAUCUCUAAAAUUGACGAAAUGGGUAACCGGAUUGAUGAGUUGGAGCAGAGCAUCAACGAUCUUAGAACCGAGAUGGGUCAGGAAGGCUCUCCAUCGCCUUCAGCUCCAGCGAAGAUUAAAGAAGAUCCAAAAUCUGGAGGAGAUAGUUAAACAUAUUUCUGAGUGUUUCUAGUGCUAUCUUUGAGGAGACACUAUACAAGAAUCAGUAGGAGCACAAUCUAGUGAUUGAUAUUCAACUGUGUUUUCUAAUCGGAGAUUGUUUGCAAUUAUGCAAAUUUGGUCA